AUGAGGCCCAGGGUGGAGUGCUACUCUCCAAAGUUUUGGCUGGUGCUGGCAGUCCUCGUGACAACAGGGAGCGGGGCCCAUGCACAGAAAAGCCACCCGAGCAUUGGCAUUGCAGUCAUCCUGGUGGGGACCUCAGACGAAGUGGCCAUCAAAGAUGCACACGAGAAAGAUGACUUCCAUCACCUCUCAGUGGUGCCCCGGGUGGAGCUGGUGGCCAUGAAUGAGACAGAUCCCAAGAGCAUCAUCACCCGCAUCUGUGACCUCAUGUCAGAUCGGAAGAUUCAAGGGGUGGUAUUUGCUGAUGACACAGACCAGGAAGCCAUUGCUCAGAUCCUGGACUUCAUCUCUGCCCAGACUCUCACUCCCAUCCUGGGCAUCCAUGGAGGCUCCUCUAUGAUCAUGGCAGAUAAGGAUGAGUCAUCCAUGUUCUUCCAGUUUGGCCCAUCAAUAGAACAGCAAGCCUCUGUCAUGCUCAACAUCAUGGAAGAAUAUGACUGGUACAUCUUCUCCAUUGUCACUACUUACUUCCCUGGUUACCAGGACUUUGUGAACAAGAUCCGCAGUACCAUUGAACACAGCUUUGUGGGUUGGGAACUGGAGGAGGUCCUCCUCUUGGACAUGUCCCUGGAUGAUGGGGACUCAAAGAUCCAGAACCAGCUCAAGAAGCUCCAAAGCCCUGUUAUCCUGCUCUACUGUACCAAGGAAGAGGCCACCUACAUUUUUGAGGUGGCCAACUCUGUGGGUCUGACAGGCUAUGGUUACACGUGGAUCGUGCCCAGCCUGGUGGCAGGGGAUACAGACACAGUGCCAUCCGAGUUCCCCACUGGGCUCAUCUCUGUCUCAUAUGAUGAAUGGGACUACGGUCUUCCUGCCAGAGUGAGGGAUGGAAUAGCCAUAAUCACCACGGCUGCUUCUGAUAUGCUGUCUGAACACAGCUUCAUCCCUGAGCCCAAGAGCAGCUGUUACAACACCCAGGAGAAAAGGAUUUACCAGUCAAACAUGCUCAACAGGUACCUGAUCAAUGUCACCUUUGAAGGCAGGAAUCUGUCAUUCAGCGAGGACGGAUACCAGAUGCAUCCCAAACUGGUGAUCAUCCUUCUGACCAAGGAGAGGAAGUGGGAGAGGGUGGGGAAAUGGAAGGAAAAAAAGCUGCAGAUGAAGUAUUAUGUGUGGCCCCGCUUUGAGCUGUACCCUGACUCUGAGGAACGCGAGGACGACCACCUGAGUAUAGUGACCCUGGAAGAGGCACCGUUCGUCAUUGUGGAGAAUGUGGACCCCCUAAGUGGCACCUGCAUGAGGAACACUGUCCCUUGCCAAAAACGCAUUGUGACCGAGAACAAAACUGAUGAGGAGCCAGAUUACAUGAAGAAAUGUUGCAAGGGGUUCUGCAUUGACAUCCUCAAGAAAAUCUCAAAGUCUGUCAAGUUCACCUAUGACCUCUACUUGGUGACUAACGGCAAGCAUGGGAAAAAAAUCAAUGGGACAUGGAAUGGAAUGAUUGGAGAGGUUGUCACCAAACGGGCCUAUAUGGCUGUGGGAUCCCUCACGAUUAAUGAGGAACGUUCAGAAGUGGUGGAUUUCUCUGUGCCCUUCAUAGAGACAGGAAUCAGCGUCAUGGUGUCACGUAGCAAUGGAACUGUCUCACCUUCUGCCUUCUUAGAGCCAUUCAGUGCUGAUGUAUGGGUGAUGAUGUUUGUGAUGCUGCUUAUCAUCUCUGCAGUGGCCGUCUUUGUCUUCGAGUACUUCAGCCCUGUGGGCUAUAAUCGGUGCCUUGCUGAUGGCAGAGAGCCAGGAGGUCCCUCUUUCACCAUUGGCAAAGCUAUCUGGUUGCUGUGGGGGCUGGUGUUCAACAACUCUGUGCCAGUGCAGAAUCCCAAGGGUACCACUAGCAAGAUCAUGGUGUCAGUGUGGGCCUUCUUUGCUGUCAUCUUCCUGGCCAGCUACACUGCCAAUCUGGCUGCCUUCAUGAUCCAAGAAGAAUACGUGGACCAGGUGUCUGGCUUGAGCGACAAAAAGUUCCAGAAACCCAAUGACUUCUCGCCCCCUUUCCGCUUUGGGACAGUUCCCAAUGGCAGCACAGAAAGGAAUAUCCGCAACAACUACCCUGAAAUGCACAGCUACAUGGUGAAGUUCAAUCAGAGAGGGGUGGAUGAUGCACUGUUCUCACUGAAGACUGGGAAGUUGGAUGCUUUCAUAUAUGAUGCAGCAGUGCUGAACUACAUGGCUGGCAGAGAUGAAGGCUGCAAGCUGGUGACGAUUGGGAGUGGGAAAGUGUUUGCCUCCACUGGCUAUGGCAUUGCCAUCCAAAAGGACUCAGGCUGGAAGCGCCAGGUUGAUCUUGCCAUUCUACAGCUUUUUGGAGAUGGGGAGAUGGAGGAGCUGGAAGCACUGUGGCUCACUGGCAUUUGUCACAACGAGAAGAAUGAGGUUAUGAGCAGCCAGCUGGAUAUAGAUAACAUGGCAGGUGUCUUCUACAUGCUGGGAGCAGCUAUGGCUCUCAGUCUCAUCACCUUCAUCUGUGAACAUCUCUUCUACUGGCAAUUCCGCCACUGCUUCAUGGGUGUCUGCUCUGGCAAGCCUGGCGUGGUCUUCUCCAUCAGCAGGGGUAUCUACAGCUGCAUCCAUGGUGUGGCCAUUGAGGAACGCCAGUCAGCAAUGAACUCCCCCACGGCAACUAUGAACAACACCCAUUCCAACAUCCUCCGCCUGCUUCGGACAGCCAAGAACAUGGCCAACCUGUCAGGGGUCAAUGGCUCACCUCAGAGUGCCCUGGACUUUAUCCGCCGUGAGUCAUCGGUUUACGAUAUCUCUGAGCACCGCCGCAGCUUCACACACUCAGACUGCAAGUCCUACAACAACCCCCCCUGUGAGGAGAAUCUCUUUAGUGACUAUAUUAGUGAGGUAGAGAGGACCUUUGGCAACCUCCAGCUGAAGGACAGCAACGUAUAUCAGGACCACUACCAUCACCACCACCGCCCCCAUAGCAUUGGAAGCACCAGCUCCAUCGAUGGGCUCUAUGACUGUGACAACCCACCCUUCAAUGCCCAGUCGCGGUCCAUUGGGAAGAAGCCAUUGGACCUGGGGUUACCCCCUGCCAAGCACAGCCAGCUGGGUGACCUCUAUGGCAAGUUCUCCUUCAAGAGUGACCGCUACGGGGGCAGCGGAGCCCACGAUGACCUGAUCCGCUCAGAUGUCUCUGACAUUUCCACUCACACAGUCACCUAUGGCAACAUCGAAGGCAACGCAGCAAAGCGGCGGAAGCAGCAGUACAAGGACAGUCUGAAGAAACGUCCAGCCUCUGCCAAGUCCCGGCGGGAGUUUGAUGAGAUAGAGUUGGCCUACCGCCGGCGUCCACCCCGCUCGCCUGACCACAAGCGCUACUUCAGGGACAAGGAAGGGCUACGGGACUUCUACCUGGAUCAGUUUCGAGCCAAGGAAAAUUCACCGCACUGGGAACACGUGGACCUGACGGAUAUCUACAAAGAGCGGGGAGAUGAGUUUAAGCGUGACACAGGAGGAGGGGGGGGUGGAUCCUGCACAAACAGGGCCCACCAUAAGCAUGGCUCGGGUGAGUUUGGCGGAAGCAAUGAGCACAAGCAUGGUGUUGUAAGUGGGGUCCCAGCACCGUGGGAGAAGAACCUGACCAACCUAGACUGGGAGGACCGGCCUGGGACUAAUUUCUGCCGUGGUUGCCCUUCUAAGGUGCACAACUACACACCAUCAGUGGUGGGGCAGAACUCCACCCGCCAGGCUUGCAUCCGGUGUGAGGCCUGCAAGAAAGCGGGCAACCUGUAUGACAUCAGUGAGGACAACUCACUCCAAGAGCUGGACCAGCCACCUGCCCCUGUGCCCGUGGCCACCAGUGCCACCUCCUCCUCCAAAUAUCCUCAGAGCCCUUCCAAUUCUGCCUCCAAGGUGCAGAAGAAGAACCGCAACAAGCUCCGCCGACAGCACUCCUACGACACCUUUGUGGACCUGCAGAAGGAUGACUCAGCCCUGGCCCCUCGCAGCGUCAGCCUCAAGGACAAGGGCCGCUUUUUGGAGGGGAGCCCCUACGCCCACAUGUUUGAGAUGCCAGCCAGUGAGACCACCUUUGCCAACAACAAGUCCUCAGUGCCCGCCACCAGCUACCACCACCACAACAACCCCGGCAGCAGCGGGGGAUACAUGCUCAGCAAGUCGCUCUACCCUGACCGGGUCACCCAAAACCCUUUCAUCCCCACUUUUGGGGAUGACCAAUGCUUGCUCCACGGCAGCAAAUCUUAUUUCUUCAGGCAGCCUGUGGUGGCAGGAGGGCCCAAAGCCAGGCCAGACUUCCGAGCCAUCGUCACCACCAACAAGCCGGUGGUCUCAGCCCUUCAUGGGGCUGUGCCAGCCCGUUUCCAGAAGGACAUCUGUAUAGGGAACCAGUCCAACCCCUGUGUGCCUAACAACAAAAACCCCAGGGCUUUCAAUGGCUCCAGCAACGGGCAUGUUUAUGAGAAACUCUCCAGUAUUGAGUCUGACGUUUGAGUGAGAGGGGAAGAGCGCGGGGAGGGACUGGGGGUGGAUGUGGAGCAUGGGAGGGUGGGGUGGGAUAACUCCCAUUGGCUACUCUCCCUGGUCGUCCUUAGUUUGUGGGAUACUGGAGUUCUGAGUAGUGCAGCACUGGUGACAAGUGCCACCUCUUUGGUUUCCCCUCUUCCUCCUCCUCUUUCCCACCCCUCCCCUUUUAUCUCUUUUUCCAUGUUCUCGCUCCUCCCAUUCUCCUCCAUUCCUGGCCAUUGCACUUUACAGUGACAUCGGAGUUGGAUAUCCUCGCUCGUGAUUUCAGGAGGGGGAGAAAAAGACAGGGAAGGGGUGGGGCGAGGGGGAGCAGCAGUGACUCUAGUAUUUCACUUAUGCUGGCUCCCAGCAGAGAAAGGCAUGUGCACGCACAAAUGUGUGUGGCAGGAGGAGACAGCAGAAGCAGUGUAAUGGACAUGCAGAAACAUAUGCUUGCUCAGGCAACUCUUCCUAAAACUGCCUAGAAAAGAGUAAUGUUUGAAGACGUGGAGAAAGUGAAGGGGGAAAAACAUGAUUAACUUGAUGAUGCACUUAUAUGUUAGGUAUACUGAGGUUCUCGUUACAUUAUUUUGUGAAGACUAUGGGGGUUUAGGGCUGAAAUAUAUAUAUAUAUAUAUUUGCGUAUAUGCUGAGAAAUUUUACUCUAAAAUUUUGAAUUGUUUGCUGGGGGUGUGGGGGGAGGGAGAGAUUUGUCUGCAGGUCUGGUUAGUGGUUUCACUAUGGCUAUUACAGCCACUGAAUCUGUGACAGACCAUUGGGACAGUUGGAAAGGAAGUGGGGUCUGAGUCUGGAAAAGCAACCCUGGAGUCAGGGAGGCUUCUGGGAGCUUUGACAGAGGAUUCAGGUUUGCACUGAAAUGAAAGGAGUUUGGAGAAAGGAGUGCAAAGCUGGGUUGUUAGCUAUGAAUUGCUCACUAGUUGUGGCUUAUUUCAAGGGUGGGAGCAAUAUAUCACAUGGGUUAGCCUAUACGCGAGUAUAUACAAUAAUCUUAUACUUGAAAUGUCUGUGGAGAAAGCAAAAUAAACCCACAAUCCUAUAAGGUGUCCGGAUAACAAACAGUGGAACAGAGCUAAAGAGUAGGGAAAGGUGGGGAGUUUUGUCACUGUCACUUCAGGGGACACCAACCUUGUUUUGGCAUGUCCUUUCAGCAAGGAGAGCAGGACAAGAAAGGUUUUCAUCCUUCUGCCCUCCCUACCCUUGGCCAGCAGGAUGGAACAAAAGGAACAGGGUGCCCUCUGCCAACGCUGGCAUGGUGCUGGAGAGAGAAAAAAAAACACCAUGAAAGGGUGCAUGUGGUGGCGGUGGUGCUGGUGGACUGUUUUGAUGCCUCCUUGGACAUGUGGAAGUGGGAAGAGGGUGUGCACACCCAUGGGAAAUACAUAUGUAUAUUUACUAUUGAAUGUACAAAGGAAGUACAUGGCUUGUCUUCCUGGCAAGGGGUGUGCUUGAAUAAAUGCCAGAGAGCACAGAAACUUGUGCUGAGGGCUGAAGACAAGACGUGCAAGGCUGAGAUGUGUGUGUACAUGUACGUGUGCCUCUGUGUGCGAGAGAGAUACUAGCACAAGUGCAAAGCUGGAAUAGCCUAGGGUUUCCCAUCCCUGCAGUUGUAGUGACAGCUUUCCUGGUGCACCUAGUAUCGAUAAGAGUGAUUUUUUCUUUCCAUUGUAUCAUUUUAGAUGCAAGUUAAACUAAAGGAAAGGGAGCAAUGGUAGGAGUGACAAGUUGAACUCCCCCUUCAUAUGUCUUCUUUUUCCUGAGGUGGGGGCAUGGGCCAACCUGUCCCAUCCCAAGAGAUGUGGCAAAGUCCCUCCUGUUUCUCCUGGGUCUGUCCCAAUGUCACAAUUGCCAUGGCUCACCAGGGGGAGGGUCAAGAGAGCCCUGUGCUAAGGCCAUGGGGACAUUCCAGGGGACUGACUCUGAAUGGAGAUGGCAGCCCCUUUAUGAGCUACAUUUCUUGGAGCUGAAAGCCACCUCUCGCAUUUGUCACCGCACCCUGGUUGAUUUUAUCUUUCUCUUUUUAAGCCAACAGAAGGCCUUUUAUUUAUUUACCUAUUUAUUUUAUUUAUUUUUUAAAGCUGGGGUGGGGGGAGGGUGGGAUUUGCCUGUAAAGUCGGAGAGUGUGAGGAGAGGGUGGGUAGGAUUGGUGAGGGGAACAUUUUCUUAGAUUUCACUGAGGAAAUUGAAGAGGGAAGAGGGGGAGAGUCUUUGUAAUGCCACCCCUUAAUCUUUGGGGUAUGGGAACUUCUUAUUCUUUCCCUCUUCUCUCAUUAUAAGGACAAAAAGGAGAAAAAAAAAAAAAAAAAAAAAAGGAAACCAAACAAAUUACCAGAGCGAUCUGCAAUCCAGAACACACGGCAGCUUGUCAGAUGCCUCUGACAGCGGCCACCAAGAAGGCGUUCCUUUCAUUUGUAAAUAUUUCUUUUUUAUUGCGUUUUUGUAUAAAUUGGUGUUUCUCUUCUCGUGAAUAUUCAGGUCGUGGGGUGGGAGGGAGGGGAGUUUGUUUCCGUUCUGUUUGUUUUCUACAACUUUUCAGGCUGCGUUUUUGGAAGCGGUUUACGCGGGUCGAGGCCGUAUGAAUGAGGGAGAGAGAGAGAGCGAGAGAGAGCGAGAGAGAGGAAAAUCCUGUGUGUAUUGUGUUCCCCAAGGCCCCCCGUAUCGCCCAGUCACCUUAUCUUCAUGAAUGGAAGACGCCGGAACGUCACUUCAAGCCUUGCCAGCAGGGUUUCAUGUUUUGAUGGGAACACCCCCAAUUCCUUUUUGCAUAUAAACUCUCUGUACCAGCAUCUCUCUGUGGAGUUUGGGCCUCAAGGCACUACGCUGUCUUGAUAGUGGUGGGGUGAACCAUCAAGUUGGCCGCUCAGGUUGGACCAUCACUUGACAUUAAGAGACUUCUCCAAUGCUACUUUGGUUUAGAAAUCUUGGACCUGGGAAAGCUUGUGAGAAUUUCUGGUAUUUCCUAAGGGCUUGGGGGGGAGCUUGACAGCUGGCAAGGGCAGCUAAUCUCAUUGGUGGUUAUUUCAGUACUUUACAUCCCUCCCCACCUGGAACAAGGAAACCUGGAGGGUGGCUCUGCAGGGAAAUUAAGCCGAAAACAAACCAAAAAGAAGUUAACGGAACUUUUUUCAAAUCUCUUCUCAAAGGUUCUGAUUUUUGUGUUCUGGGGUGAAAGUUGGUUCGUAUUUUCUCCAAACUGGUCUGUCCCUUGUUCCACUGAUUGGCAAAUGAUAGUUUGCCAAAAUCAUUAUCUAGUGUUGAUACUGUGUAGCACUGUUAACACUGGGAGUGCUCUGCAAAUAUUAACUGUGCCACAAACCACUCAAAUGAAUGCUCUAGGGCAACCAGAAAAGAAGAACUGGAAAUUCUGGACUGAACCACUGGUCUAACUACAGGAGUCUGGUAUUUUGCCUUCUCCCAUAACAAAUUAGGCCACGUGUCCAUCAGGUUAAUUCUUUCUCUAUAAGUGAUCUUUUCUGGUUGCUUUGUUUAUUUUAGUUCUGAAAGGUCAACAAGCUUUGGGACAGAGGUGAAGGGGAGGGGAAGGGAGGGGUGGGGGGAGGGUGUAAUUCAUAAUCCAGAAAAUAAAUCAAUGAUGUUAUUAAACUCUGAUUAUAUAUUUAGAAUUUUAGAUUUGGUGUAUUUUCAUUCUAAGCAUUCAAGUGAAUCAAUCAGGUAAUAUUAGCAGCAGGUAUCGUCUAUACUAGAAUACCACCCAUGUGCUGUUUAAUACCUGUCCUGAAAAGAAUGGAAUUUCAUACCAGAGCCUGACAAUAUUCCAUAUCCCCUACUUUGCCAUUUCUCUCUCUCUCCUGUAAAAACGCCAGAAUUUUCUGGGGUAGUGGCUGGGAACAUUUCCCCUUUAUGAAAGUUUCUGCACACAAGAAUAAUGAUCAAAAACCAUUGUGUCCUCUACAGUUUGUUGACCUCUACUGUAUAUUUGCAGCCAGCCUCCUGGGAAAGAUUAGGUGUCUUUGGCAAUGUUUCUGACAUUUGCCUCCUCAAUCUAGCCCCAGGCAUGUCUCCCUGAGAGGUAUUUCAUGAGCCAUGUUCUUCUGAAGUGGUACUGGAGUGUAUGUACUCAGCUGAAGGAAGAUGUGUUUGAAGGAGAUGGAGGAAAUAUUCCAAAAGUAUCAGAGAUGUGUCAUGCACAGUGGAAAGCAGCUGGCAGGUAGAACUUGCAGCCGUGGAUCUCCACAUCAUAAACCUUCUUGGAGUAUUCACACCAGCUUUUUACUAUAGUGCAACACAACACAUGCUGGUGUGGCAGUCCUCUGUCUCCCAUCAUGCCUUCCAGUGAGGGCACUAUCAGAACUUGCCAUGUCACAUCACAAAUAGGAAAGACAAGCUACAGUCAGGACUUGUUGUCUGUCAAGACAAUGAAGCACACCAGCCCCACCUCCUCGGCAAAAACUCAUCCUGUUCCCUCUGAAAUCCAGCAUGCGCUGUCAGAACUCUCCAGGUGAGAACCCCAGUGGGUUCAAAAUGCUCAGCAAUAUGCAAGUGUGAACUUUUCCCAUAGGGAAUUGGUAUUUUGAUGUCCAGUGCAUGAGGGGAGGAAGGCUCCUUUAUGUUGUCCUGAAGGAUUUGGUGGAGGAGUUAAGAGUUGCCAAGCUGGCCCUCUUUGCUUAUGACUUCUUCAGUAAUGCAUGCUAAUGUUGAGCUCCUCACUCCAAGAAGACUCUAGCAUCCAUUUUGAAAAAAGCCCCUCUGUACCUUCAGAUCAGGAUUGUUUCUCACAGCAACAUUGUCAGCAAAAGAGAGGGGGAGACAGAGAAUGUAUAUGAUGGUGGUGACAGGUUAGAGUGAUCAGAGAUACCUCAGGGAUCUUUAUAGGCAAGUCUUUGCUUUAGAGCUUUCUAUCAAAUGUGGCAUAUCCUCCCACCUCCAUUGCUUAUCAGCAGAUGGAAGCAAGCCUGGGAACACAGCCAACGAUCAGACUUAGGCCUUUCACACAUCCUCCACUCCAGUCAAGCAACCUUUGAUGAGCCCUUCCCAUGGAGAAGGGUGGGAGGUUGCACUUCCCCAUGUAUUUUUGGUUGCCAAAAAGAAAAGAAAAAGGGGAGGGGAUAAAGAUGACGAGUGUUGAUGAAGGGACUUUGUGCUGACUCUUUGCGCCACUGCUCUAAGGAAUUACACUUCACCCUUCCUGCUCAACGCAAGCUGGCAGAGGGUAGGGUCUGAUUAUGCUGCCUCUCUGUGGCAUAUGCCUGGCUCACGACCCGAGCCCCUGGGAGCUGUGUGCAUGAAAGGAGCCGGAUUGCUGGCAACAAAUGGGGACAGACUCCAAGCCACGAUCCCCACACCCACUCUUUCCCAUAAGUGCUUCCCUGCUGCUGAACACACCUGGCGUGUCCACCUGGAACACACCUACCAUGCUGCUGGAUGCUGCAGGGCACAUCGAGAUAGUAACUAGUGGGACCCGAUUGUCGUCCCCACAAGGGCUUAUUUUCAAUUUGCAGCCAAAUAGAUUUCCAAGCCAUAGACCCUUGCUGCAUUCACCCACCUAUACUCCCUGUGUCUCCCUCCCUCCUCCCCCCUCAAAGGCAAGCUGGGGCGCUGACUGUCUCACUGGCAAUAUGAAUGCCAUUGCUUCAUCCUCAUCACAGGCUCUCUGGACCUCCCUGGGGCUGACUGCAGACAGACCUGGGUGUCUGCCAUUUGAACAGCAACAACAACAACAAACACUUAGCAAUUGGCUUUGAGUUCUUUAUUCGUAUCUUCAGCAUCCCCAAAUUCCUCUCCUAGCCAUGCCAUUUGAGUGAAUUCUGGCUCCCUUCUGCCAUUGCUGACAACAUAACUGACACAGCAUCAAUCUGCUUGUGUAAAAAAAGGCGGUGAAACUGUAUCUCAGAGAACAGGACUCAGGUCUGCCGAUGCCAAGGGUACAGUCUCCUGGGUGCUGAGGUAAAGGAAGGUCUCUGCAAUGUGUUAGUAGCUACAGAUCUCUUAACCUGCUGGCCUCCUGCCAUUCAAAGCUCACAGCAAGCGCUGGUAUGCACUCCAACAGGUCAGACGAAUUCCUUGCUGUGGGACAGGGGUUCCUCUGGGCAUGCGCACACAUACGAAACAUACUGGGGAAGUGAAACACACGUGAACAAGCCCAGCACAGCAGGAAGCUGUGAGGCUUGUGCGCUCGUACGCACAGAAACACACAUAUAUAUGGUACAUUGCAGUACACUUAAUGACUCUGUCCCACAAUGUGUUUUUGCCAAGUAGGAACAACGUGACCUUUCCUAAAGUUCUUCUGGUAGUUAUUUAAUUUAUGUAUUCACUUUGUGACUUUUACAUAUCUGCUUUCUUGACUGCAGCAUUAUUGUGUAAAUAUAUAUGUAUAUAUGUACAGAAACUAACUCAAGCAAUUAUAUUCAGGUUGGGAAAAGGGUGGAUUUUAUAUCUGUACAGUAUUUCCUUAUUAAAUAAUGGCAUGGGGGGGUGGGAAAGUUAACUUCUAAAUUGUGGUUUUAUUGGUCUGUGGUGUUUGAAGUUGUUUCAGUGGUUGCUUUUGCUGGUUCGGAAAGUUUAUCUGGAUGUUAUAUGUGUGUGCCAAGAAAGGGUCCCCAAACAGGGGAGGUUUGGGAUUGGUUAGGGGUGGUGGGUAGCAGAGGGUGUUAAUAAUUUCCUGUAAUAAAAGCAGUGUUGAUUGCUAGGGACUGUUCGUGUGAGGCACAGGGCUGUUUCCUUCUCUAUGUGCUUUGCUCUUUGAUUACUUUCUCUUCCCUGGUCCCUAUUGUCUUCCCUCUGGGAUGUCAGCAGACUACAUUUGUUACUACAGGGAUCUCUCUCUGGGCCUUCAUCUCCUCCUGACCAACUCUUCCAUCUCCCUCUUUUCAUGGCCUUUCCAAUAUCUGUGGGAGGGGAGGUGGCACCAUCUCGGACCCUUUGUGCCAGUCUCACCAACUUUACUUCCUCUGCUUUAGGUACUCUUUCAUUCUUCUGAGCAGAACCUCAUUUUCAGGUGUUCUGAUCUCUUCAGCAGUUUACUGCAUCAUCUCACUGGCCUUCUAUCUACUUAUUUCCCAUUUUACUCAUGUUGAUUUUUCAAUUUCAUGUCUAUGCCUCUUUCCUCAGAGUGACUUACACCGGCUGUUCGCCCACUGUGCUCUUCUGUCUUGUCGCUCUGUUGUCUUCAUUGGACUGUGCAAUGCUGUGCAGAAGAGUAAAGGCCAGGCCUCUUCUUCUCAUCUCCUGGAAAAUUCUAGCCCUGACCAGGAUUUUAGAUGGUGAUAUUUGGUAGUUAUUUUUGACUUUUCUGUCAGUUUCACUGAGAUGGAGUUCUGCUCUUACUUGCUGAAGAAAUAAGAAACAAUCAGUUUGGCAAAUUAAUUAGUGCAAGGAAGUAAACAAAUUGUCUUUUCUGAGAAAGCCAAAUGAGAGAAUAUCCUUUCCUUCCUUCAUGGCUGACUGGCAAGUUUAUAGCAGGGGGAGCUACAAUUUUUAUCCAAUCCAAAUUGACCCAUAUCAGGGUCAGUGGAGUCUUUCCCUUUUACUCUACAUCAAUGAAGUAAGGCUUCUGGAAAGAAGUAUGCUAUCUUUUAGAAGCACCGGGCUCCCUUCCUUUAUUGUCUAGACACCAUGGGCUUCUAAAUGCCUACAUGAUGUUCUGCCAUUGCAAACCUGGGAGUGAAUGAGUGUCUGGUAGUAUUUUGUCCCUUUCUGUUUGGCAAGUCAAUAUGAGCUAGUACUUGACACUAGAUAACUAGAGUUUGUGGUCUAGCACCAGGAAAGAGAGUGAUGGAGUGUGACAUGGUGAAUAUGCAGAAACAGAACCAGUGUGAAACAGGUUGGGGCUCUAGGCAGAUGCCAAGACACCUACUUCCUUCCCUUUUUGGACAACUUGCAUUGGUCCUUAUUGAAUCGCCAUCAACCAACCAUCCUCUGCAGGCUAGGACUGCCAUGCAUGCUGCCAGCUGCUCAUCUGUGAAGACAUUUGGGUCUGCUGGUCACAGUCUGAGAAAGGGUCAGUCAGCCUUGCUGUGUAUGUGCAUGUACUGCCAUGUGCCAUGGUCUCUGAGGGUUCAAACUGUACUGUGUGAAAGUAUAUGGGCAGUGAAAGGAGCAAUGGAGAGAGACAGCAUACCCAGAGGUUAUCCAGAGCAGCAGCCUUCUCCCAGCUGGUUCUGCCAACUCUUGAUCACCAUGCAUCUCUGGUUUCUGGGUGGGAGGAACUACUACAGCCACGUGGGAAUGGUGCUCUACUUGGAGGACUGAGCAGGGUGGAUGUCCCUCUCAUGUACUUUUGCUAUGACCUUGGCAUGGCUGUCCCAGCACGGUCCACAGUGGGCUGUGCACAUAACUGCAAAUACCCGUCAGUCUGGGAGGAGGCGUAUGUUUGAGACUGUGCAUCUGUCUGAGUGACUCCUGGCAGAACUCUAAACAUAAAUCAAGUCAGAAACCACUGGCCCGUCUGGUGCUACCCCAACAAUGUGCAUCUGUAUGUCAGCCAUCUCCUUAGGAGUACAUCCCAUAAAUUAGCUUUUGGCCAAAACAUUGAGUUACCUUUGUCACUGUCACUAGGUUCCUUUCUGUGUUACCGCUGCUUAUUCAGUGUGCCAUAAACAUGACAUACCUGCAGCAUCUGCAGGGUGUCUGGAGAGAGCACAUCUAUUGCAUGGGACUUCUAUCUAGAUCCAUGGGUAGUGGCUGGUAAGUCCCAUGUCACCCGAAUAAAGAAUAUACCUGCCCCUGAACAGACAAAAAUUAACUAAGGGGUAAGAUGAUAGCUUUGUGCUUUCUCCCUCUGUUUUCCUUCCAGGCCUUGGAACCAGAUCCAUCAACACAGGCAGAUAACUGAAAUUCAGGCUUCUCAAAAGCUACCUGGGGGUUUAGAUGCCUAGAAUGCCCUUUUUGGAUUCUCUUGCUUGUGUGGGCCUCUUCCUGCAAUACAUUUUGCCAGGACUCAUCUCCCAGGAACUCACCGUGCUUGAACAUAGCUUUGAGGGGUUCCCUCUGCUUGGGAUCAUCAUGUGUAUGUUGCAUGCCUAUUGCUACUUGUCUGUAUUUCUUGCAUGUGUCUAUUUGUGGGGGGCAAAGGGGUGGUCAUAUUUGUAUGUAUAUUUAUGUGGCCUGUGCACAUUUGUAUGUGUGAUGCCACAGCCUGUAUGUGUGCUUAGGUGUGUGUACGCAUGUUUUGAGCUGAGCAAAAAGUUUUUAAAGCCGUAUGCUGCUAAAGCCAGGUGAUGGGCACCCAUAGGUACCUUGGCAGCCCUGUUGUUGCUUUUGCUUACCUGGUAGGCCCUGGCAUAGCUGCUUUAUUAGGAGUCUGGGGGACCAGUCUGCAUCAGUGACAAGGCUGGGACACAGACUUCUCCUGGAGAUAGUUUGAAUACACCACCAGAAACUUACUCCAUGCUUUCAUUCACGUCUGUGCUGAAUCCGCUGUGCCACAUUUUCAAACCAUCGUGCCACACUCAUUACCUACUUAGGCCUUAACUGGCAAGUGGAGCAGGAAGACAAUCCUGAAUUGACUGGUAAAGUCUUUUAAGAGACAUCUGGUCAAUCCUGCCCUGUGACUCAAACAAGAGGCUUCCUUGCCUGUCUUUUUGCUGCUUUCCAGGGCAGUGCAAGCACUGUAAUUCCACUUGCAAGCAAGCACUAGCCUGUCCUUUCUUGCUUUUGGAUCAGACACAAGCUGAGCUGUGUUAGCCUGAUCUCCCAUGCCCAUUAUAUAGAAGAACCUCACCAUUGCUUCUUGGAUCUGGGUAGGGAUCUUGCAAAUCCCUACCAGUUCUGGGGGGAUUCAGUCUCUUCAGAGGAGAUGGUAAAUAGGAAGGGUGGGAGGGAGUGAAUCUUCUGCAGCCAUCCUUCAUCCCAUUCAUUUCACAGAGAGAUCUCUACACUGGUAGUAUCAGAGAGAACAACCUGUUAGGAGGGCCCUACAGUGCCAACCAGUACAGCACUUUGGCCAAACUGCUGGACAAGACACUGCUGUCCUCUAUCUGCAGCCAGAAAAGACAAUCAGGACCUGUUGAAGAGAUGCCAUGAUUAAUCAGAUGAGGAAGGAGCAACACCUAGUGACUAGUGCCCUCAUCAUAUACACCAUCGUAAGUCUGCUUAACCAGCCCAUUAGUAUUUAUGUCACUGGGCCUCUUUGAUGGUUUCUUUUUAUGUAUAUAUAAGAUGUAACAGGAUAAUCUUUGGACUCCAGUGACUCCUUCAGUCAGACCACAUACAUUCAUCUUUUUUGCUUUCUACCAUGUUCAACCGCUCUUUCCUCUCCAUCACAUUGUAUCCUGUGCUCUGCCAGGCUUGUGUUUUAUGGAAGAGAAGAUAUAUGUGUGUAUGAGUAUAUGUAUGUGUGUGUUUUAUGUAUUAUUACUAUUGUCAACAUGCUAUACACCUAAAAGCUCCUAGCAAGCUGGAGCCUUCAAGAGGUGCUGUAGGAAAUGACUUUCCCACUAGACAGCGGUCAGAGUGGACCUUAGCAAAGAAAGCUGUUAGCUUUGAAGGCCUCUUUGCCUGUCCAGUUGCUUUUCUUAUCUUUGGAGCAGGCUCUCUCACAUGCGGUCAGAAAUGCAGCAAACUGCUCUUUUUAGCUUUGCAUUUUCAAACUUUCUAAUGUAGAAAUAAUGUCUUUGUUGAUUAGUUGUUGAUUUCUUUCAUCUGUUUGUUUGUUUUCUGCAGUCCUUUCAGUGGGAGCAGGGAGGUGUUUUCAGCAAUACAACUUUCCGAGACCUCAGUUCUGUGCAGUUACUGUUUGUAUGGUUCAGCUGUGUUUGGGGUCUUUCCUUUGUAUGUGUUUUUCCCGAAAGGCCGGGCUAUCUUGAAACGUCUCUUUGCCAGUGACCAAAGCACCAUCUGUAUUUGGAGGCAAGGGCUGGUCUAUAGAAGAGGCAGCAGCCUUUUGGGAAGUAGCUUUUCAGUGACUUCCCUAUGGAGUCACAGAAGGCAAACUAUUACACUGAUGCACAGAUGUUUGUUUUUUAUUUUUUAUUUCUUUUGUUUUUCUUGGUACUCACUGUCUUUUCCUUCAUUUUCUUCUUUUUCUCUAUUUUUGUCUGAAAAAAUGUGCAUUACUUCCGUGAGCUUUGGCCAUUGCCCCCAAGGCUGCUGUGAGGUGGGGAGAAGGUGGGGAGAAAGUGGGGAGGGAAUCUGACCCCUGGGUCCUUCUCUCCCAAGGCCACAUGGAAUUGCCCCUGUGAGGAGGGAGAGAGGCCCUUUCGGGUGGAUUCUGUGGUGAUUCCUUGGGCAGGGGCCUUGUGGCUGCUGAGGGAGUUGACCCAAAAUCCAUGGGUGCCUAAGGGAAAACCCUUGCUUUUGUGGGUCUCUGAUCUCAGGCCAGAGGGUAAGCUGGGAAAAGACUCCUACUCACCCAUGUGUGGGCAGGAGGAGGGGAAAAGAGGACAAACAGGCAGAAAAGAGGCCGACUGAUCUGGAGUGGCCCGAGCCACCCCCUCACUGCCCUGCUUUUCCUCCUCCCCACACAGGCCUUCCCAGGACAGAGUGGGAGCAAGGCCAUGGAGACAGGUGUAUAACCCUGCCCAGGCCAGAGCUGUCCAGCAUUGCCUGCUCUGAGAUAUCUGCAACUGGACAGGGCUGCCCCUCAGCUGGGACAAUGCCAUUCAGGGCGAGCAAAGUCUCACAGGCCGUGAAGUAGGAGUUAAAGGUGGGGCGGGUGUAUCUGCCCAGAUCUCGAUGCCAUGCCACCUAACAGAAAGCCCAGCACCUUCAUCCUUUGGCACGUGGAAGUGGCUGAGAGCCGUAGUGGAGGACUGCUGUGUCUACUAGGGUUGGGGCAGGUAGCGUCUCUAAAGCUGGCACUGGUCAGCUUUAACUGUAUUUGAUUUCUGACUUAUGUACAUUUACUUUUGAGAGCAUGUUUGAUCAGCUCAGUCUAUCAACCAAAAGGAAAAGAAAUACUCACCUCUAGUGUAAGUCUUCUACUGCCCAACACGGCUACCUCCUCUUCUCUUGAGCUGUUAGUAUCUUGUGGUGAACUGGCCACCCAUCAGGCUGUUGUGCACAGCAGAUAUUUCCCUAUCCACUUGUGAGACCAUCUUUGCCUAAAUUUUGCCUCCUCCUCAUCCCCUUUACACAUGCACAUGCAUGCGCGUGCACACACACACACACACGCCCACCUCCAACCUCUCCACUGGUGAAAAUCAGAGCCACAGAGACAUGAGUGCCAAAUGACUUUUUAUUUCUCAAGUAAAUGAUUAAAAAGAAAAAGAAAAAAAAAAAAAAGGUUUUGUUCUUUUUCGUUUUCAUUUUCUUUUGUUUUUUACAUAUGCAAAUGUAAAAGGGAACUGACAGCGAAUUGGUGGUGGCGAGAGGAAAUGGGAUGUUUUGUAACCCUAGCUGCAGUAAAAAAAAGGAAUAAAAAUAAAUUAAAAAUAUUUAAAAAACACAAAAAGGAAAAAAAAAACUUGAACUAUUUUGGAAAUAUUGUGAAUAAUUUUUGAUAUAAAAACUAAUUUUUAUGUAGCAUGAAAACCACCAAAAUAAAAUGAUCAAGAACAAAAGCUGUGCAGAGGGUGUUUUUGUUUAGUUUUUGAGGGAAAAAAGAAAGAGAGAAGCAGUGUUAUAUGAGAGAGGGAUGCUACUGCUAUGGCUUUUAUAGCAAGUUUAACAAUAUUUGAUGUUUUUCUUCAAUCUUGGUUACAGGAGAUUUGUGAUUAUGUUAAAAGAAAAAAGAAAAAAAUCACAACUCACAUUUUAUAUGAAAAGAUAUUUUUAUCUCUGAUUGCUGUGGAGAAAGUCUUGAAAAUAAGAAUGGAAUGAACCCAAAAGACUCAAAAAAACAAAAGGCAAAUUAAAAAUAAUAAUGAAUUGCUUUUGAGUGUUAACAGUGUUCAUGAUUCUUUUUCUGCUUGAUUUGUCCUUUUUGAGCAUUUGAGGUUGCAGUACUGCAGAGGCAAGUGUGAAGGAGGUCAGACAGUAAGGAAGGGUUAACAAGGUUCUGAAUUUUGCUCUGUGAAGCACAAGAGUUAAGCAUGGAAUUCUUCAUAUCUCCUCCCAAGUAAGGGAAAAUGGUACUGUCUUUUUGCAAGCUAUGUUGGCACCAUCAUUCAUUCCCCUUAGAAAAAAAAAAUCAAAAUACAAGUGUAAAAAUAAAGGAAGUAGUCUGCCUCUCCCAGUUCCAGACAAAACAGUUUGUUUUCUUAGCACUCCAGUCCCUUUUAGAAAUGAUGGAGAUUGUCUGCUCCCGUGAAGGAAGCAGGGUGCUAGUGCUCUUUGCCUCCUGGGAGGCUCUGAUGCUAGGUGCUAGAGCACUGGAUGGGUAGCAGCCAUCCCACCCUGCCAAGGAGCAAGAGAUUAGUCCUUUGAAUUGUCAGAGGAUAGGAGAUGCUGGUUUCUGGACUGUCCCAUGGAAUCUGGUGGGUUUCUCUGUCCAUUCUGUCUUAAAAACACUCCUUGUGCCUGUGUGAAUCAGAGCUGAAUACGAAUUUCAUUUUCCAUCCAUCAUGCUUUCAUCUUCCACUCAAUCAUUAGAACACUUCACCAUCAGCUACCAGGGGACCUUCUCUGUUACCUCUGUCCUUUCUGUCUGAGUCUUCUACACCGUGGGAUGCUGUGCUAGUGUGCAGUGUGUGCUCACCAGCAAGAGAAUGUGGUAUGGGGCGAGAGCAGCACUGUGACUCUAUGACCCCCAGGCUUUCUCGUCUCCUCCGUCUGAGGGGUGCUCUAUCACUCUCUUUUCUCUAAGCAGCAGGGUGCUCCAUGGAGGAUGUGAGGCAGUGGACCAGGCAAGGGACUGAGCAUCUGAGGGACCACAGCUUCAGCAUGGAAAAUGCAUUCUGAACAUCAGAGCCCAGGCUGCUGGCCUGACAGCACAUGGCUGGCUCUGGUAGUAGGAAAGGAAAAGUCACAAUGAAAAUCUCACCUUUGGGGACUUCCUUCAGGAUAUGUCUGCAGCAGAAUGAGUGUAGUGGAGAAAAAUAGGUAACAUUGCCACACAGGUGGCUAGGAUUAAAAAUGUGGCCUGGAAAUAUGCAUCUGGGUGGAAUACUUUUUGAAAGCAAUUGCUUGGAAUUGGAGGGGAAUAGGGCUGAAAAAUAAAACAAAGCAAACAAAAACAAAACAUUUGGCAAAUGCUCUGAGGACUUGGCUUUCCAAGCAUAAUGUUUCAGAGUCUGGAACCAGGGCUUUGACCGUGUAUUAUGCUAGCUGGAAGUUCAGCCAGGGGCCAUUCUUGCACUCCAGCCUCUGAACUCACUCACCUUCCUUUCCCUAGAGUGUAUCAGCAGGCUCAUCUCUUUCCUUAGACUCCAAGGGAUGGCUGUGCCAGUGGUGAUGGAGCAGAUAAUUUCACCCUGAUCUCACUCUGGGAGCAGCUUGCACUUUGCCCACCCACCCUGUCUCUGCACCUCACUGCUCAGAUCUCCCAGGUUUUUAGAGGUAGACAUUUUACAAGGCCAGAAGAAGGGCAAAUAUCCUUCCAGUACACACGUAUGGCAAGGACAAGAGUCUGGAGUUUUUGAGCGCUUCAGCCCUAGAUGUUCUCCUUGAAAUAUCUAUAUCUCUCUGUCUUUGUUAAUGUGAGUGCUGCAAGGUUUGUUUGCCCUCACAGACGAUUUGCAUGGUCCAUCACAAAGCCAAGAUUCUGUCAGUGGAGAAGAGCUUUUCUAUGUGUCUUUUCUGCAUUUGAACAAGGGACCUAGAAAUGUAGUUAAAGAAAAGAUAUCUGCAAGUAUGCAAGUCCCAUACCUAUGGGGUAUUUGCUAAUGUAUUUCACUCACUGGAAUAAACAGGCUUAGAGCUCCUUUUUGGCCUUCCACAAGUAGGGACUUCUCCAAGUGGUAAAUCCACUUCCACUGGCGCUGGUGGCUGUUUCCUCUGCUGAAAUGUUCCUUUUUCAGCUAUUGCAGCUGAACCUUGCCGUGCUAAGACACAGGUGGAAGCAUUCCAUUCUGGGACUAAAGAGAGCUAGUUGUAAUGAACCAGCCACUUCUGCUGGCUCUGCAGCUUCUUAUUGCUUAGGGACUAACCAUUCAGAUGCUCUCCUUUCUCCCCAAGCCACUUCAGGGCUCUCUGUGUGCUGCAGUGACAGCCUGGUUUGCUCUCCCUGCUGACCUUCCCCUUCUUUAUAUGCAGAGAGUAAAAGCUUCAUGGCCGCUUUCUUAUCUGAGGCAUUAGAUUAAAAUUGGAGAAGCAUGACGUUUUGGACCUGUCUCUGUGGCUCUCUGAUUAGUUAUCCUCGCUGAGGAGGCGAGAGACCAAGGUCUGCCAGCUGCAAGGUUAAGCUUUGGGUAAGCGAUCGCCCUUCGGCUGCAGGUUGCUGCUGUGCUAUUAGCAGAGGGGACAUGCACUGAAAUGUUAAAUGACUUGCCACUCUUUCAAGAUUUCUGUGUAGACUUAGGUUUAAGCAGAGAAGAGGAGGCUGGUUUACUUCUUGUCUAUUUGCCUUGGCCGAAAAAGAAAAUUUCCUUAAAAAAAAAAAAAAAAAAAAAAAAAAAGGAAAGUUCUUUCCUCAUUUGAAAUUCAGACUAUCGCAUCUUUGAUCUUUGUCUAAACUAGAGUAUUGUUUUACAGGGAUAGAAGGAUAGAAUAAGGCAGAUCUUUGGCUGGUAUCCACACAUAAGCAUGGAGUAUUUUUCUACAGCCUUUCACUGAAGGAAAAGCCUAGCUUCUGCUGAAAAGGGCAGGGGCAUUUUCUCUGCCUCCUUGACCUUGAAGGAUGAGCUGCAAGUCCAGAGUCUUAAACACGUAGUGCAUGCAUGGCUUGCAUGGCAUGCUGACUACACCCCCUGAUUAGAUGGGGGGAUGCAUAGGGCCCAGCAGCACUGAGUGCAGAGAAGAAAUCACUAGCUAAUGCUUGUGCCAUAUUUUCAGCAAGUAGAGAAGGGUUUUUAGAAGCAUUUGAGACAUUGAAAUAAACCCCAUUUCAUUGAAAGCCAAUAGUGCUUAGUUGUUCAGAUGCUUGCUAAAAUUUCCACUACAAAAUUUAAGAAUGUUUAUCCUUUCAAAAAAAUUCCAUUAUAAAGGAACUGCAGUAUUCAACAGUCAGGUAGUUUAACAGCUCUCCUAAGCCUACAGAACUGUGGUAAUAAUCUCAACCACCAACUCUCAGAGGGUGCGGGAGCUCCCUCCUCGACAGCUGGAAGUGGGUAGCACACUGGCUGGGAUUUCAUCAGAAAGGGGAUGCAUGUUGCAUGCAAACAGUGCCCGGUGGCUUCAGAGCUAAUUUUGUGUUGCUCAAAAUGACUCCAUUGUUCCUAACAACAGCAGUGUUUCUGCAGAAUUGGACGGUGUAGGAAUCAGUCAUUAAUGUGGCAAGUACCAAGUCAAGUGAGAUGCUUUGCCAGGAAGGUGAAACCUUGACAUAAAUUUGAUCAAAAACAUUUAGGUGCUGCUUUCAAACAAGAUUAGUCCCUUCGAUGCUUUGCACUUCUGUAGUCCUUACUUCAAAGAGUUUACAGUUUUGAUGCCAAACUAAAAUACAUUGAUAUUAGCAUUUACAAGUUAAUUGACAGAUGCCAUGGUUUACAUAUAUUAUGCAAAUGUCCUGAAAUCUUGCAUGUAUUUGCAUCUAAAUUUCUUGAGAUUAAAUGAAACGUGUACACGUUAUAGGGGAAAUAACUGAGGCACCCAGAGAUCUGAUAAGCUAGGUGACUUAAUGGGGCCUGUUGUAUGAACUGUGGUAAAGCCAAGGAGCAGGGGCAAGGAGCAAGGAGCAAGACAUCUAACAUUUUCAUGUACUACAUUCAUGGUUGCUGUUUGGAGAAAACAGUACACAAAAGUGCACAAAUGUAUUUGGGAUGUUGUUAGCAGCAGUGCAGGAAACUUGUGCUGGAAGACAUGAUUUUAGAUGCUGGGACCUCAGCCUGAAGGGCCAAUCAGGGGUUCAGCCUGUUUUUGUGUUCUGUUUGUUGAUUGUUUUUUUUUUUUUUUUUGAGAAAGAAAUAGUCACUUUGCAUCACUGUGUAAACAUCACCCAACUGAGCUCCCUUCGCAUGGUAAGGGAAUGAGAAUUUCAUACUCAGGCAGGGGAACAGUGAGGAGGUGAGUGUGUAAUCCAUUACAGGAGCAGCAGGCCACACAUCAGACACCAGACUUGCCUGUCACCACUUCAGUACCUGGCAGGAUGUUGUCUUCUUCUUCUUACCCCUCUGGAGGUCAUAAAGGGAGGACAGUGCUAUUUGUGAAGCCAUGCCCAAAACAAUCAGCUUCUGCUUCAGGUGAGUUUUGUGAAAAAUCUUGCUAUUCUGACAGUGUUCUGGUUUUCUAGCUUCUCUCCACUUCUUCCAUUGAGCAGAGCCUUGAGGGUGCUAUACCUCAUCUGUGUCUUGCUGAAAGAGAGGUUUUACUGGCUACAGAUUUUUUUUUCUAGUUAGUUCUGCUCUUACAGGCAGAGUAAGUAAUGGCAUGUAUGGACCUUACCCACGGAGAUGCUGGGCAGUACAGACUCUCUAGGACACGUGUUGUGCAUGGGAUCAGCCUCUUCUGCUACCCUGAGGUGACUUCUCUGAGCUGAUCAUGGAGGCUCUACCACAAAUAAAAACACAACUCAUGUCCCUUCCUUGGAAACUCACACAUCGAGAUCUUAGUGUACACCUCAUGGGUAGUCCUGCACAUCCCUCUUCUGCUUUUGUCAGGCUGCUACAAACUCUCAGCUUUUACAGGGAGGCCGUCAAAACAUGGUAUAGAAAAUAAUUUCGUUUUUCAGUUCCACCAAUGUGCAGUAACACCUCAGGCUGUCAUAUUGGCGAGGCUUCAUCAAGAACCUCUUUGCACCAUGUACAGUGUUCAUCCAACUAGGCAACUCUCGAUGAAGUUUGUCCAAGACAGCAUGGUCUCUGAAUAGUGACUGAACUUCCCAGACUGCUUCUUCUCCAGCUUUGCUUCCAAACUGUGCAGGAUGCUUUGAAGUGCAAACAAAUAUGCAACUGGACAGAGGUUGACCGAUCUUCCUUCCCUCUUCAAAAGGCUAGGUUGAUAAAAACAGUUUUCCUAAGGUUACAGUUCAGCUUAGUACAAGUUCCAGCCUCAUCAUCACACCAAAAUUUUAGGUCUGUCUUGCCAGUGCCCCUUUAAAUUAUGCAUACUCCUGCUUACACAUUCACUGCCACUCUUCAAAUAUUCAAGGGUUCCUUACAUUUAAUUUCAGAUGGUUUACUCUCUCCAGGGAGGAGGCAGUGUUUUAAAAAGAAAUUGCUGACGGGAAAAGUAGAGCUUACAUGACUUGCAGCAAGCAGCAAUUUGAGUUCUUAAGAACAUGCAUGUCUUGGACAUGUAAAUUUUACUCAUUUGCACUUCAAGGGCACAUGUGACAUACAACACUGCUUUCUCAUCCAAUAACAUUAUCUAAGCUUAAUGGUUAAUGUCAAGUUUUUAUUAACAUUUACAAGUGCAUUGGGAGAUUAAUUUGUUUACUUGUAUUAUGCAAAACUGAUUUAAGAUUGUGGUUUGCAUUUACACACAUUUACAUAGUGUUUCCUGAUUAAUACAUUAUAAUACACACAAAUCAUGUGUAAAUUGCAGGUUCACAUCUGCAACAAAAACUUCUUUUUGUGCAGUGUAGUGUUUGACUCGUCUGGCAAAACCUUUCCAGCAGGUUGCUGUUGGAGUUGGGAUGGUGUGGGGAGGGAAGCAAGGACAGGGAUCAGAGGUGGCUUUUCCAUGGAGAAAUCUUUCCUUAGCACCUGUUAACUUGCCAAUGCCCUGCAGCUAUGAAACAGAAGAUGAGGAUGCCAAGGACAGCUGGCAACAGGAUGAGUUUUGUGUAAUGCUGUGGCCCUGGGGUCAGGCUGCUGUGAACAAGCAGUUUAGCUGACUUGAGGCUUGGAGUGAUACAGGUGAGCAGCAACAGUAGGGAGGGAAAGGGCCAGGAAAUGUUGCUGCUUGUCAUGGCCUUGUAACCUUGGCCCUGGUCCUCCUGAGGGGGCUCAGCUGGGUGCAGCGGAGACCCCGACGUGCUCCGCUCUGCUCCCCAGAGCACCUCUGGCUGGGGACAGAGGUGAGCGCUGAGGACAGCGCACAGCCGGCUGGCGUGGGGAUGACCAGCGGAGGGUGCAGAGAGAAGGACAGCGAUGACCACCAAGCACCUGGUGUGGGACUGAGACGGGGACCCAGAAAGGCAGCACCCUUGCGCUGAACACGGGGGCAAGGGGACACUGUGGAUAUUUCCCCAGUGUAGCGUCUUCCUAAGGGAAAGCGCGGUCGAACUCAGGCUUGCCUCAUCUCUCUGAGGCCCUAAUCCUACUAUCCUUCCUCCACCAGUCACCACCUUAUCCUUCUCUUCCCUAUGCCCUCACCCCCCUCCGGUUCUUCUUUCUGUAAAUAACUCUUUCUGAUUUUGGACAAGCAGGGAUCAACAGAUUCUGGAGGGGGGGCGGGGAAGACACUUGUUUUGUUUUGUUUCGUUUUCCUUUCUCUCUUAAAUUUUGGUGUUUGAACUUGAAAAAAAAUAAUAUAUAUAAAUAUAUAAAUAUAUAUAUUUAAGCAAAUGGAUUUCCUGGAAAACUAUGAAAGGAGUUGAUUUUCCCCCUCUUUGAUUUCUCUUGUUUCUCAUUGCGGUUUGUUUUUUGGGGAAGAGGGUUUUUGUGAACUGUUGAGAUUUCCAGUUCAGCGUUGUUUAAAGGAUGUGGAGGAAAAGAAAAAAAAAAAAAAAAAAAAAAAGAAGAAAAAUCAACAAAAAAAACAUGAAAACCUUUGUGAUGUACAAAAUCUGUAAAUAGUCAAAGAUACUUUCUCUUUUCUAACAACAAAUUAUUUCUGUCACUUUAUAUUCAAAAAUAAAGAAACCUACCACAGAAUAUCAGGGUUAAAAAAAUC